CGUACGAAUCACACCAGUUUGGAGAUGUCAAAAUUUGUGAAGAGCAGAAAGGUAAUGUUAGUGUCCUCCGGAGUAAAUUGAGAAAGUGCAGAGUCCUUCAGCUGGAUCAAGGCCAUGGAAGAAUUCAAGUCCAACCUUCCAUUUCUGCACCUCAUUCUUUCACGGAGUUUGACAACGAAAAAUGGGAGACACAAAACACAGAUACAGGACGGACAGAUUGGCCACCUCGUUCCCGGCCUUGGUAUAAUUAUUGCCAUGGUAGCUAAGAUGAGGACAGGAAGGUUCAAGCUGAUCCCAGCGUUACUUGGCAUGUCCAUGUACAAGAAUGGAUGUAGUGCAAUGCUACUCAAUGCUCUGAGUAAGACGGGACUAUGCCACACCUCGGGGACUGUUAGGAACAUAAUAGAUCGAUAUGGCGUCCGGUAUGAUCAAGACAUUCAGGCAGCGAAAACAGAGAUGGAGGCGAAAAUUCUACACGAUACGACUAAAGUCAUCCAACUUCCUCCGGAGGAGACGCUGGACCACUCCGUAGGUCUUCCUGAAUGGUCUUUUCUAACAGAGGACAACCCAUAUGAUAAAACUCAGGGCUGGGUAACUCCAGCUACAGUGUGAAGCAAAUUUAUAAAAUGGCAAUUCUUGGUAGGGCCUUCACGACGAACGCCGUGAAUGAAACUUCAGAACUCUGAGGUUUUGUUGACUUAGUGUUCGCUUUCGUGUGAAGUAUGAACCGGUCGUGUACGUGAGUUUACUGAGUUACUCUUUAGUGAUAUUUUACUUACCUCAAU